AUGACUGCAAUGACUGCCGCAAAUCAAAAUACUAGGGUAAUUUAUGACAUGAAUAUUAUGGCUUGAAAAAGUUUUUUCUUAACUGAGUUAUAACUGUAGUUAAUUGUAUGUUUUACCCUUAACACUGUAAACGUACCUAUAGUGUUAAAUUUUUUCUUCGUUAACUUUUAACUGAAGGCCAAUUUUAUUGAAUUAACUUGCAAGUUAAUCAUUUUCAUUAGGUUUCCCGCCUCUGAUAAUAAUUUGGAACUUAUAAAAAAUUUUGAGUUGCUCGAAAAAUAAAUCCGGUGAAAUGAAACGGCGGCGAAAUGGGAGCUGACCAAUUUAUCGCACGGUUUUUAAUAUUUGGGUAUUUUAAAAUUGAAACAUGUUUCAAUUAGAGGAGCAAUUGUUUUUCAAACUGUUUAAGACCUAAUAGCUCUAAGAGUUCUGUUUCGAGAUCCGCCUUAUUUGUUACAAUAUGAUGUGAAAUUGGACAUGCGUUUUCGAUGGCAUUAACUAAAACACUGAAAGUCUCGAAAUCGUUCUUCGAAGUCGAAAAAUAGAAAUUCGAGUUUGGGUCCAUAGUUACGUACAAUUAAUUUGUGUAUCUGAUUCUAUCAAACACUGUUCCACUCGUACUUUUUCCAAACAUGAAAAAUUAUUAAAAUUAUUUAAUUCUAUCUAUAAACCACUUAUAAAAAGUUUUGGUUUAUUUUUAAAACUAAAUACUAUUUUGUACUAAGAAAUUUUGAUCUCGAAGAAUGAGAGACACAUUUAACGUUUCUAAAUGUGUUGUUGCACGAUGUCAGUAAAACAAAUGUCAUUUAUUAUUUUUUUCUAUUACUCCGAUCGGUUCUGGGAAUUAAACAAAUGUAUACGGGUAGGCGGUGUUCGAAAAACAAAUGUACGGCGAUUACGGCGAGUAAAAUACGAAAACAGCGUUAACAAAAAUAUACGUCCCGAAACGGUUAGGUACCAACGCAAAAAUACGGGCGAAACAAUUAUUUAUUUAUUUUUUUUUUUUUCCGAUUGUGCGCCAUCACCUAUAUACCUAUAUACGCGCGUAAUAGUUAUUAAUGCGAUAACAAUAAUAUAAUGGCCGACGGUUUAAUAACACCCCGAAACAAACCGACGUCAAAACCCAUUUGUGAAUUGUCCGUCGCCACCAUCAUCGCGUCGCCGGGAUAUUUUCCAAAAAACAGUGUCGCGACACCUCGAAACCCGAAUAUUCGAACGUCGUUUUGUCCGGUACCGGCUACAAUGAUAACGGUCCAUACAAAUCCAGCGUGACACCCGCACCCGUUAACGACGUGCGAAGUCUGCGCGCGCGCUUUUAAAUUGUCGACCGUUCACCGUUAGGCACGGCUAAGUGGGUAUUGCCGCGCGCGUAACCCCGACCCGGCCCUAACCUAACCGUGCGCGCGACACGGUUCCCCGUUUACCAGCCAAUCUCUCGUCCAGCGUCACCCCGCGCGUCCCGGAAGACCGGGACCGUCAACGGUUUUCGACUCGUCGUACCGGUGUCCCGAAAAUAAAUUUCGGUUCGCCAACACGUCCCGGUUUCGCGAACAAAUUCGUAUUGAUUUAAUUUCGACAUUUUCCUCCGAACAAUGGCCGUAAUCGAGAGAUAACGAUACGGUUUUUUAACGUGUACGGUGUAAAACGAUAACGACGAUCAAACCCCCGCAGACAUAUCUGUGGACAAAACCUUUUAUUAUGUACCUAGCAGGGGCGCCGGUGUAUUUCGAAACGCCUGCGGCAAUUCUAUUUUGAGUCGAUACACCCACCCACUAACAAAAAUUAUUCUCUUCGAAACAACAUAAAGCAUUGAUUAUUAUAACAUAAUAUUGUAAAAUGUUUACGGUAAAACAGUAAAACCUAUUUUUCUUCACGUUAUACCCGCCUACAAACCGACUCGCCGAGCCCACCGAUUUAUUUACCAUUUAUGACAUUUGCCGUAGGCAAAACCAACUUUCGGCGCUUCUGAUGCCUGGUAUCCAAACUAGUUAUUAUAACUGUACAACAAUCAUGAUAAAAUUUAUCUUUUUAUUAUAAAUUUAUAAUUCGAAAAAAUAACAAAUACAAUUUUUUAGGUUGUACUGCAUCAGUUUAUAAGAUAAUAAGUAGGUUUUUUUUUUUUUUUUAAUCCGUAUAAACUAUAACAUAGCUGUCUAAUGCGAUUCGAUCAUAGUUUUAGUCUGUUUAUAUUAUUUUGUUUAUUUCUUUGCUUUAUGAUAUCAUGACAACCCUACAAACCUAUUAUUAUUAUUAUUAUUAUUAUUAUUGUUCCGCAAUAUAAAUACUACGAAUCCAGUCGGUUAGGUGUACCUGUACACGGUAUAUCUGUGUAAUGUAACGGCGGUAUGGUUAGGUACAGGUAUUAUACAGCGUGUAGGUAUGCGAUAUAGGUAUUAUACCCAUAUGCAUACGCGUAUAUAUAUUUAUGUACGAUUUCGCCUCGCUUGUACGGUGUUAUUUCGACUGUGCAACGCGUAAAAAUGUUUACGGGCAGCUGGUAGGCAUACACAUUAUUAUAAUAUGUAAAUUAUGCCCGCGUGCGUGUAUAUUAUUUUACGGUGUAAGAUUAAAAAUCAAAACUCGUCGGUUAUAUAGGUAUGUAUAUAUACAGCUCGCGCCCAUAUGGCAUUGCGGUGUCGCAUUUGCAGGCGCUGCGCGAGGCGUGGAUAAGUGGCGAAUAUUGUGUGCAGUUUGUAUUAUACAGACGACCGUGUUAUAAGGAAACAUAGGCCUAUGGCACGCGAUUGUUGUUCGCCCGGACGACGCUGGCGGCGAUGACGCUAAUGAUAAUGUUAUUAUGCCUACAUUAGAUUUUAAUUUAUUUUUUUUUUUUUUUUUAAGCCGCAUUUCACUAUUCCGGUAAGCGAUAUCGGUAUUAUAUUGCGAAAUCGUAAAUAUAUAUGUAUAUACGUAUAAAAUAUCUAUUAAUUAUGUAAUAAAAAAAAAAAAAAAAAAACAGCCCAUACGGACUAAGCGAACCGGACGAUAUAACAUUAUUAUAUAAUAUAAACAUUGUAAAAGACGGACAUGUUUCUCGCACCACGGGUAGGCCGCUCCCAAUGUUGUGUACGUGUAAAGUUUUAACUGGCAGUUAGUACUAUGCGACUGCCAGUAUAACUACCUAAAACAGUUAUAGCUACCUACUAAAAUAUUUGAUAUUAUAAGUAAAUAAGUAAGAUAAAAAAAAAAAUAACAAAAAAAAAAAAUCUUAGUACCUAAAGUACUCGUUCGUAUUAUAUAUAUAUAUAUAUAUAUAUGUAUAACAUUUUAAAAUAAUAAUACAAUUUUAUUUGAUCUACAAUAAUAGAGUUAUAAUGUUUUUAGUAAGUAUUCAUAACAGUAAUAAGACCUACAAACAAUGCAACAUUCAACGAUAAAAUUAUAUUUAUCUUCUUUUUUUUUUUUUUUUUUUUUUUUAAUUGUGAACACAAUACUACUAAACUGUCUUGACUUGUAUUACAAGUUAUAUCUAAUCAAUUGUAAAUCAAUACGUCAUUAACAAUAAUAAUUAAAGUUUAAUAGUUAUGUGUUAGUCUAUUACCUACUAUAUGUAUAGCACUAUAGUAACUAUAAUUAGCGUAGUAACAGGUACCCUUUACGGAAUUUGAAACAUUUUCUGAAGAGCAAAAAAAAAGACAGUCAUACUUCGCACGAUGGGUCACUGAUGUAGACGAGUAGUUGGAAAGGUAGGAUAGAGAGAAGAAUUUAAUAUAGGCAUAUAUAUAUAUAUAUAUAUAUCCGUACUCUACGAUUAGUCAUUACGAAAGAAAAACGAUUCUAAUCAGAGUUCGAUUAUGUAUUUUGUGAAAGGCUGUAAUAUUUACGAUUUUCGUCAAAAUUUGAUAUUAAAAUUCUCAUAAAAAAUCUGCAUUACACACAAUUUUUUUUUUUAGCUACAAUGCAUGACUUAUAUUGAAUUUCCAUUGGUUAAACCAAUGUUCAAGUAUUUCUGUUUGGUCUGAACAUUUUAUAGAUCUUUUAGACUUCUAUAGGGGAUGAUGUAAUAUCCACAUCACGCUAUUCUGAACAUUAAUAAUAGGUAUUAGGUAUUAUAAGUAGAUAUAGGAUGUUGAUGACCUAAAAAACUGCCAAAUAUGCCCCUCCCCCUCAAAUAAUGCUUUAAUGAUCUUAAGACUAAGCAUGAAAUACAUUUUUAGUUAUGUAUCAUUAUAUAGGGUAAAAGGAAAUAAUGUACAAAAGUCAUCAGCAAUAUAUCUCUACAUUUAUAACAGAUUAGGUACAUGAAGGAAAACAAAUAUUUGUUUAUUUGUUUCAAGUAGGUUCGGUUAACCUACUGUCCCGCCACCUGAAGUAUUAUCUCACGGCAUUUCCAGAUGGCGGGUGUAUUGCCGAUUCAGAAAGGAGAAAAAAAAAAGGUUAACCUACUGUUUUACUUUAUUCUGUAAUUUAUAUUAAGAUUUUAUUUGUUUCCGAAUUUAGAAUGAUUAUACGCAUUAGUUUCAUAAUAAGGACGAUUGUUUUAUUAGUAUUGUAUAAUAAUACAGUACCCUGGAAUAAGAAAAUUGAAUGUCUCGAGCGCCCUCAUUAUUAUUGAUAAUUGCUAAUGAAUUAUUCAAACAUGCGGUUACAUAAAAUUAAAUAUUUUGACCUUGAUAUGUCAGGGUAAUAAUAAUAAACUCUUUCAAUAAUCAGUCUCUGUGCAGUAUUCCACUUUAAAUAUUUUAUUUUUUUUUUUUUUUAAUUAAAAAACUUAAAAUAACUUAAACACUAGCUGUUAUGGAACAAUUGGAGAUAAUUUAAAAAUUAUAUAUUUUUAAAAAUGUUCCAAUUAAUAUUAAUCUAUAUUAAAAUUAAUAUAUCAUUUUAUUUUUUAAUGUAUAAAAUAAUUGUCCUCUAAAACAAUUUACGUGUGAUAUAUAAGUACCUAUUUCACAUAUACAGAGUGACCAAUCUAUUGUAAGACACUUAUUAUCUCGGAAAGUAUUAACUUUUUUGAGAAUUUUUUUAUAGACCAUUUAAUAAACAAGCAGUUUUAUACAAUUUUCCAUUUAUGUUAUUUUUUUUAUCCUUUUUUUUAGAAGUAAAACCACUAACCAACUACUUAACAACUACCUACAUUUGAUUUCAAAUGGCAACCUAUAUUAAAAAUAUUGACGAGAUAAUCCACUUUUAAGUUUGGGUCGGGGGAGAGUAGUGGUACAUUAAUAAAACGCUGCCCACGCCGUGCCGCCAUAAUGAAGAUUCUUCACUACUCUCCCUUAAUCCAAACUUACAAGUGAAAUAUCUCGUUAAUAUUUUUAACAUAAAUUGUCAUUUUCAAAUCAAAAAUUGGUAGUGAUUUUACCCACAAAAAUAAAGGUGAUAAAAAUAAUAUAAAUAUAAAAUUAUAGAACUGCUUGUUUCUUAGAUAUUCAAUAAAACAAAUGAAGAACAAAUUUAAUAUUUUCCUAGAUAAUGAGUGUCUUAUGGAAAAUUUAUCAACCUGUAUACAACGCUAAAAUAUAAAAUAUUUCAACUUGAUUUGUCUAAUAUAGCUGGUAAACGAGUCAUCGUUCCUAUUUUUUUAUCUACAACGUUUUCCAAAGGUUACAUUGUUUUGUUGAUGCGUAAUCAACUGUGUUGUAGAUGAAAUUAUAAAAUAAAUAUUGAAACUUAAACAUUUUACCUACUAUCGCACUAUGUUUAUAAUGAUAAUUAAUAAUAAAUAUUACUUCACAUCAUACGAACGAUUAUAUCAUUUUACGUUCUUACUCAAGUUAGCUACUAAUCUAGAGAAUCCUAAAUUCUUUUCCAAACACCUUUAAAUUAUAUUAUAAAGCCUCCAAAUAGACUUGUUAAUCGUAUUCGGUAUACUGUUAUAUACGGUAUACGGUUUAUUGUUUAAAAACUACCAAUAUUUACGUAGUUUAAAAAUUAGUUUAAGUACUCGUACUUAUAUUAAAUGAUCCAUUUAGGUGAGUACACUCAUUAUCUCGGAAAGUAUUAACUUUUUCAAAAAAUUGUUUAACAAUAAAUGUAAGAAAUAGGCAUCUUUAAGAAUGAAGAAAAUUUAACAUUUCAACACCAACAUUUAUUUAAACUAAUAGGUACCUACUUCAUUUAUUGAUCGAAUUUUUAAUAUACCUAAAGUAAUAACCUAUAGAUAGGUUAUCACUAAAAAUCCGAAUUAGGUAGUAGUUUCAUCACCGAAAACAAUGUGUGACAAAAUUAAUGGUAAUUUAACAUUGUAGAGCUGCUUGUUUCUUUAAGUAUAAAAAAAAAAAAGUUUUGAAAAAAGUUAAUACUUUUCGAGAUAAUAAGUAUGCCUGUUAAAUAGAUCACCGGAUAUGUAAAUAUCCAUACCAUAUUAUAUUGUUACAAAAAGCAGUUUCCGUAGAAAUUAACCUUUUUUAUUUCCACGGAAUGUGGCCCUUUUCCAUAAAUACCCGUUUCCACCAAUUUCCGCUAAAACAAUAUUCCUAUUAUACUAUGUAAAAAAAUACAUCAUCACCACAGAAGAAUGUUGCAGCGAAUAAUGCGAAACGUAUAUAAUAAUAAACGUGACUCAAUAUUAUACUCGCAAUACUUUAACUGUUCAAACGCAAUUAUUGAUAAAGAAAAACAUUGAAUCAUACCCUCGAAUAGAUAGGUUCUACCUUAAAUUUAAUAUCUAACAAACGGGACAUUAUAACAUUAUAUGAUAGAAUGGGCGUGAAAUAGAAGUUAAUUAUUAUCUAUAAUAUAUUACGAAAACAACAAAAUAAUAAAGUAAUAUUAUUGAGUUUGAAAAAUGAUAUCGAGAAAUAUGUAAAUAUUAUUGGCUACGUAUCGAUGAGUAAAGAUUAUGGGUAUAAUGUGUAAUUUAAUAAAUAUUUAUUUAUGUUAAUAAGUUAAAGCUAACUAAUAAUAUAAUAUAUGAGUCAUAUGCUUAUAAUAAAAUCAAGUGAAUAGGUUAUUGAUAUAUUUCGAACAGGAAAGUUCAAAACUAAAUUUCCAAAAUAAAAACCAAAACACCUAUCGAUAUUGGCAAAAAAAAAUCGAUACUACAUAAAUAACGUUUUAGGUGGACACGUUAAUUAUUAUAGUUAAUUAAAUAUAUUAAGGUAUUCUUGUUGUGUGCGAUCCACCGUACACUUGUCAUCUACUACGCAUCUAUACCGAUUCAUUUCCACCGAGUCGACAAUUAAAUUCUAUCCGAAGAGAUAAUUAUAUUUUAUGUAACAUAAAUAAUGGGCAAUAAUAAUUUGUAUACAAUGUUAAUUACGUAGACAAUAAGUACUAUUAUGUUUAUAAUUGAUUGUAUUUAGGCAUUCGAUUUGCACGUUUGUGUAUUAUUGAAUGAUGUUAACACUAGACUGUAUAUAAAUACUAUAUUAUACAUUUCUUUUUAUUAUUGUUUCAACAUUUAUGUAUUUAUUCAUUCAUUAGUUAAAUAUAAAAAGUCGUCCUAGGAUAAUGGGGACGAGUGCAGCCACUGUAUAAUAGGUAAUUUAAUGCAUGUAUCUAUAAGCAACGAUUGACCAUUGCUGUAACGAAAAAACGAUUCUGAGCGGAGUUCGGUUGAUAGUAUUGCUUUGUUAACAAUAUAUAUGUCAUAUGGUUAAGCACUUAUAUAUGCAUUAUAUAUUUUCUCUUUUAAUAUAUGUUUAAUAUUGUACCGAUUUUCCUGUUUUUCUUACGGGUUUUUCAUGUUUUUUCUGGUUUUUCCCAUUUAUUGGGAAAACUCUUGGGAAAAUAAAAAAAUAACUUCCAGUAAGUAUCAACCAAAGAAAAAUUUCUUUCAGAAAAAGGUAUACAUCAUAAAAAUCGAAGUGAGUUUUCUAGUACAAAAAGUGUUCAUAUAAAAAAAAAAUACAAACAAAUUAAACAUCUUUGUACUGUUAAUACAUUCCACGCUCCACUCCGAAUCUAAAAUAUGUAAUCGACCGCAUAUGAGAAUAAUAUAGGUAAGAAUAUCUAUAUUAUUAUAUAGUUUGAUUAAGACUGUGAAGUUGGCACCCGCUCCUUUGAAGCUAUCGCUUUCAAAUCAAUGUUAAUAUUUUACAACUGAUAUGCAAGAAAUAGCAAUGUUAAUUAUAGUUAAAUUUGCAACACCGCCCUUUUUCAGAAAAAUCCAAUUUUAACCAUAUCAAAUCUUGAACAGAGAACAAAAAUUACUCUGCGAGAUUGUAUUUCUGAGGUAUCGAAAGCUUGGAGAAGUGAUGUAACGUCCGAAACCAUAAAAAAAUGUUUCUUCAAAGCUGGAUUUACAAAUGAAAUUAUUGAAACCGAUAUUGAAAUACCAGAUGUACAACGAGAAUGGGAGUUAGUUCACUGCGAUGGCGUUACUUUAAAAGAUUAUUUGAAAAUUGAUGAAGAUAUCGCCGUAUAUGAAUCACUUACUGAAGAAAGUAUUGUAGAAGAAGUUAGAAAAAAAGAAAAUCCUGAUGAAUUUGAAGAAGAAGACGACGAAGAGGAACAUGCAGUAGAACAAUCCAAACUCACAGAAGAAGAUACAUUAAACGCUUUAUCAGUGGUAAGAAAUGGUUUUAGACAAGAAGCAAAUGUUCCCGAUGAAAUUUUUUUAAAACUUGACGAUAUAGAAACUUUUUACGAAAGAAGAACAAUUUUCAAAAAUAAUAAGCAAACAAAAAAAUAA